CUUAGAAAAAAAAAAGAGAGGGGUUGGUUUGAGCUUCCACCUAUCCCCACCUACCUACUACGAGAAGAAGCACGUCAAGUAGCAGACAAAUUGCGUCUUGUCUCACUCAUUUCCUGUUUUCCUCUUCUCUCCCAAGUCAGAGUUUUUUUUGUUCUUGUUCGAUCUGCACAAAAAAAAAAUGGCUUUGCAAAUGCAGACCUCCACGACGCCCUUCAGAAACUCCGUUCCAUCUUCCGCUGCCGGAAGACUCUCCUUACUGCAAACCGUCGCCGUUCGCCGUGAAAUGUUAACGGCGUGGCGUGGAGUCAGAUGUAGCGGCGGUGGAGUCGGAGUCGGAGGAGACGCCGGGAAGAAAAAAGCGGUUCCUAAUUCCAACUAUGUGGUGCCUUUAGACAAGUUCUCUUCCUCUUCGUCCAUCACUCGGCCUCUAAUCGAGAUACUUCGCGAUCUUAACAAGAAGAUCCCUGAUAACAUCGUCAAGAGCCACGAUCCUGGCUCCAAUGCUGUUUCUUCUGGCUUUAUCCCUUGGUACCAUGCAAAUCGGAUGCUUAGCUUCUACGCACCUGGCUGGUGUGGGGAAGUUCGUGAUGUGAUUUUCUCUGAGAAUGGUAAUGUCACUGUUGUUUAUCGUCUCACAAUUCGUGGCUCUGAUGGUGAGGCACAUCGUGAAUCAACUGGGACAAUAACGACGACUGAUGAUCAAAUCGAGGAUCCAGUUGCUGCAGCUGAAGAAAUAGCAUUCUGCAGAGCAUGUGCUCGGUUUGGUCUCGGCUUGUAUCUGUAUCACGAACAAUAGGCCGAUAAUUUCAAGUGUGCUUACCUUUUUUUGGUUGACUCGUCUAUCAACAACUAGUUGGCAGACCCUUCCUUAUGUGAUCUAGAGUUCCAAAUAUGUAAUGAUGCCCACAAACAAGUUAAAAU